UUGUCUAAUUAUCGGGGCUAAAGUGCAAAUUCUCCCAGUUCAAUCUGCUAUAAAUUAAAAACCACGAUUUAGGGUUUCUGUUCUCUCAAACUCACUCAUAGCGGAGCAGCCGUCGAAGAACGUAAAAUACCGCAGCUGCUCGAUUCCAAACCCUAAAAAUGUCUCUCGUAGCUAAUGAAGAUUUCCAGCACAUUCUGCGUGUGCAGAACACGAACGUGGACGGAAAGCAGAAGAUCAUGUUCGCCAUGACCUCAAUCAAGGGUAUUGGUCGCCGUUUCGCCAACAUCGUCUGCAAGAAAGCCGAUGUUGAUAUGAACAAGAGGGCUGGUGAACUCUCUGCUGCUGAACUUGAUAGCUUGAUGGUUAUUGUGGCAAACCCCCGUCAGUUCAAGAUUCCCGACUGGUUUUUGAACAGGAAGAAGGAUUACAAGGAUGGCAAGUUUUCCCAGGUGACAUCAAACGCUCUUGACAUGAAGCUUAGGGAUGAUCUUGAGCGAUUAAAGAAGAUCAGGUAUGAUUUUAGAUUUGAUCCUCUAUUUUAUAUCAAGGUCUUACUUGUAUCUAAUUGUAUUUGUGUGCACUACUUUCAGAAACCACCGUGGUCUCCGUCACUACUGGGGCCUUCGCGUGCGUGGACAGCACACCAAGACCACUGGUCGUAGGGGAAAGACAGUGGGUGUCUCCAAGAAGCGAUGAGCGUUAUCUUUUCUAUUUAUCUCUUUGUUAUGGAUACUUUUGUUUUGUUUUAGGCUUUGCAAGCGCCUAUAAGAGAUUUACAUGACCGGCUCUUGUUAUCUUUGUUUUGGAUUCCAAUAUUAAUUUUGAUCAUGGUUUUUAAGACUCGGUAAAUCAAUGGUAAGGAACUUUUGUCUCUUUGGUUCA